AUGUCGCAAUUCAAACUAAUCAACUCGGACGACCCAGUUCCUGGCAAUGGAACUCUGCCAUCGGAGUUCGUUUUGAAAACCAAGGCUGAGACAGACAUCUGGGCAAAGCCGCCUUCCACGACGCCUUUCUCUGCUCCUGUGCUCUACCAGACGGUUGCCCUGGACUCCUUUAAACGCGCUCGCGUCUCGUUCAAUGCAGAAUGGACGCUCAACUACGAUCAGGGAGGUCUUAUCUUUGUUUUGCAGUAUGUUGAUGGAUCGAAGAAGUUCAUCAAGACCGGCAUCGAGCACACCCAUGGCAAGCCUCACCUGAGUGUUGUCGUAAAGGAUCGCUGGGCGGACUGGAGCUUGCUUCCAGUGCCCUCUGGCGGCAGUGAAGCGACUCUGGAGAUCAGUCGGGAGCCCGAUGACAGCUUGUGGAUCUAUGUGGUGGAAGGCAACCACCGAUCUCCAAUCCGUGAGGUGACUUGGAUAUUUUCCGAGGAGGGUGUGCAGGAGACAUGGGUUGGGGUGUACGCAGCACGACCGUCUACGGGAGGUGAGCUGGCGGUGACCUUCGGACAUCUGAUUAUCGACCUCCAAUAG